AUGCCUCAAGCGCAACCCGAGCUCAAAAAGUACAUGGAAAAGCGCCUAUUCGUCCAACUGAACGGCAAUCGCAAAGUCAUCGGCGUCCUGCGCGGCUAUGAUGUCUUUCUGAACAUUGUCCUCGACGAAGCCGUCGAAGAAAAGGCAGGCGGCGAGCGCGAGAGGUUGGGAAUGGUGGUCAUCCGUGGCAAUUCCGUUGUGAUGCUCGAGGCGUUGGAACGGAUGGGCGAUGAUCGACGAUGA